AAACCACCAACGAGUGAUUGUACAAUCUAAUAAUAUCCUAUAUUUAUCCUUUACGAAUCUAUUUGUACCUUAAACAUCUAUAACUUAAUGCUAUAAUACCACCGAUCCUCAACCCACCGUACGAAGCCCCUGUACGCAAAAAUGGCUUCACCUUCUACCCCGGCGUUACCUACGUCGACAUUUCCUCCAGCCAAACACCCAAGUCCCGCGAUUCCAGUGUUCCUCCGUGAAGCAGGGCUCGACUCUCCCUCGUUCCGAUCUUCUGCCUUAUACUUCUCCGAACAAGUAGAUGCUAUCGAGCGGUGGCUGGACGGCUACGUAAAGACAACAGCCAAAUUAACCCACGACUUCCUUGCUCUGGAAGAAACCGUCCACGCCUACCUGAACAAGAUCAUACCACCGCCCAAUGUCAACGCCGUCGAUAAUGACUACGCUGCACUGGCACUUAAGAGGUUCAGUGAGGGGUCAAGGGAAUGGUGGAUGCAAAUCUUGAGCGCCACUAGGAAGGUAGACACAUUGUCGGUCGAUCCGAUACGAAACUUCCUCCAAGGUGACCUACGGAACUUCAAGGAGGCUAGAAAGACAUUAGAACAGACACAGAAGGCAUUCGAUACAACGCUAGCCCGAUAUGUAGGCCAGUCGAAGACCAAGGAACCAUCGUCUUUGCGAGAAGAUGCAUUCAAUGUGUACGAGACUCGGAAGGCGUACCUGAAGGCGUCAAUGGACUUCUGUUUCUUUGCGCCUCAAUUCCGCCUCAACUUGGAUAAGUUAUUGGUGCGAGUAUCUAGUGAUCUGUGGAGGGAGAUGAAGAGAUCUCGAGAUGCCGCGGGAAGUUUUGGGAAAUACGGUCAUGAAAUGGAUCGAGUUAGGGGAUGGUCGAAGGAGAUGGAGCUAUCAGAACCUACCUUUAAGCGUGAGCUGCAAUUGGCACGGCGCGAUAUUGGAGAGAGCACGUUAGCCGCCUUCAAACCAUCUCGUGAGAUCGAUGACUAUAGUGCAUCGACUGUUCCAUUCUUAGGAUCUAGGGGUCCUCUCAAUGUUUCCACAUCUGGGCAAGCUGCUGUGAUCAUGGAGAAGCAAGGAUGGCUAUUCUUACGAACAAUUACUGGAAAGCCGUCUAGAACCAAUUGGAUACGACGAUGGUACUACUGCCGAGAUGGUAUCUUUGGUUGGCUCGUCAAUGGCCCCCAGGGAGUUUUACAAGGUGAUGAAAUCGGUGUGCUUCUCUGCAAUGCGAAACCCGCCGUUGGAGAAGAACGCCGAUUUUGUUUUGAAGUCAAGACCAAGAACCAGACAUUGUUGCUGCAAGCUGAAACGCAAGCUCAGUUGAUGGAAUGGCUAGAGGUCUUCGAAGUCGCCAAGAAGAGAGCAUUUGAAGCCAGCGUUAGUAGGGACAAUUCGUCUCUACCGGGUGGUGUCGAUCCGGCUUUCUCUAUCACCCCGCCCUCUCUCCCCGAAUUCUCUGCCAAGGUACUCGAUGCGCAACUGGAUGAUGGUGCAAAUCCUGAGCGGACUGCGACUCUACCUGUCCCUGGGCCCGAAGUUGGUUUGGUGCCUAGACCUAGUUUCGAUCUCACAACAGCGCCUCCCAAGCGCUCGGUUACGUCUCUCGCUCGUGAAGAGGGGGAGAGUGGACGAGAACAUGCGGCGAGGAUUAUGCAGAAACUCGAUCUCCACCGAAAAGCUACCUUUAUUUCGGGCGUCGAUGCGGGCACGUCAGCACCUCCGACGGGUGGUAUUGCUAGCCUCAUAUCCGCCAGUCAUGGUCUACUACCAGGUUAUCCAGCCGCAGUUACUAAACAGCAGCAACAACAAAGUACUCCAGUAUUGCCUGGACCAGAAUCACAACCCGGCAGUCUCGCACCUCCUACUCUAGCAAAGCCACCAGCAACGACCAACCUUAGUAAGACGGCCGUUAUCUACAGUAGUGACAGAGUCUUCAGCGCGAAUGCUUUGCAAGCUUUGCCGACCGCGAUCAUGGCCAACUAUUGGGGUAGCAACACAUGGGGCCAGGAGAACUCUUCCAAGACCAACCGAUCUGACAUAGACAACGACGAUCCAUUUGGGCCUAAUUCGCCCUCCAUCAAGAUGACUACACUCGGUGACGAAGAACUCAAAAGCCCGACCUCUCUACAUAAAAAGGCUAUUAGUAUGGAUGCCAAGAUAAAUCAUCCGAAGAUAGUUCAGCCUGGUCCAGAGAAACCGCCAGCUGAAACAUUCCCGCCCGAUUACCCCAUAGAGCUUAGGACGAAUUCAGCGCAAUUCCGAUUACUUUUCCCAAGCGUGCCGCUGGAUGAGAAACUUGUCCUAGUCUUCCGAGCUGCUUGGACUAGCACUUCGGACCCUGACAACGAAGUGGCCCCAAUGGCGGGUAACGGGCGAAUAUACGUGACGCCAGAUAAUAUGUACUUCUACGGUCACCAAAUGGGUCUUGUCGUGACAUAUACUAUUAGUCUCGACACUAUCUCGGAAGUGACGGCUGCGCCAGGCAGAGAUUGCGAUUUCAUUUUCCUGCAUUUGAACCAACAAGCAGAUGGCAAUGGAUAUACCCGAAUAACAAUCAAGACUUUCCUUGAAGAUCUCGAUUUAUUGCAUGCGCGUCUGAAUCUUUUAGUGGACGACUUACAAGCUGAAGAACCGAUGGACGUAUCCGAACUUAUCCGCGCCCUGCUCAACCUAGAAAAAGAGGAAAUUGACAGGAGAAGCCCUAGCAUGGAUAGUUGGGAAGAAAUAUCAGAGCACACCCCUAUGGACGAUGGUACGGCGGCGGGUAGAGCAGUUAGCCCUAGGCCGCAUAGCGACUACAAGUCACGAAACAGGGGUUUCCGAAAACCUCUCCCGAAGUUUCAACUUCCUUCUAAUCCAGUGAUCUACGAACCCGAAGAUAUGCAACGGAAGGUUGCGGAGCGAAACUUCGAAAUCAGUGCGAAAGCAUGCUUCCAUGUGUUGUUCGGAGAUAAGAGCUUCGUCUUCCCUAAGCUUUAUUUCGAGCGCAGGGCUCAGCAUAUUGCGCAGGGUCCGUGGGUGCUGAAUGAAGCGGGGCUCAUGCACAGGCAGUUCCGUUUCAGUGUUAAUUACACUACCAGACUAGGGCGAAAGAGAGCUGAAGAAGUUCUUGAUGAACAAACGGUGGAGUUGUUCAGUGACCACGUUACGUACGUUGUUACUCACGUCAAGACGCCUUGGCAUCUACCUCAUGCGCAUGGCUUCAAGUUGAUAACUAAGAUCGUCAUCACUCAUGUCGCUAAAUCGAAGUGCAAGUUAGCUAUCUUCACAAAAGUAGCAUGGUCUAAACCACCGGCACUUGCCAAGAACAUUGUCGAGAAGCAGGCCCUUGACGACGCGGGUCGGGAUGCUGAAGAGCUCGCCGAGGUUGCGACGGACCAGGUGCGAAAGCUUGGCCAUCACAGCCGUACGAAGAGAGCGAUCCAGGUCUAUGGAAAUGUUGGACUGCAGACACAGGUUGUGGUUUUCACGCCAGCCGAAGCAGAUGCGGCGAAGAAGGCGCAGAUUGAUCCGCGUACGCUGAGCCAGAUGCUAUUAGAAACCAUUCGGUCGUUUGCCGAUAGUGUCGCGUCCUCGCUCAUGAUGUGGACGUUCGCCGCCAUCAAGAAACUCUGGGACGUGGUCACGGCGCAGCGCCUCAUCCUGGCCCUCCUUGGGUUCAGUGUGCUCACAAAUAUCAUCAUAUCGUCGCAGGGCACCUCGACGUGGUGGACCGAACGCCGCGCUGCUAGCUUUAUGAACCGUGUCGGGGUAACACCGAACAUAGUGAUGAGCAAGGCUAUCUAUAUCGCGGACCUGGACGAGGCCGCGCGCAGCUCCUACUCGUUCGGCGCAGAUGUGGACGAGUCGUGGCCGCGGGAUAGCUAUUGCUACGCUACCUUCAAGACUAUAGCAAAUAGCACCGAGGCACUAGAUGCACCGGCCGAACAGGCGGGUGCGGCUAUGCUUUCGCGUGAAGGGGCGAGAAGUCGUGCUACGGCAAGGCGCCUGAGGCAGACGAGGCAGAGACUUGGCGCGUAUAGGCAUGAUCUUCUAGUAGCGAUGCGCACAGUCAACCGCGUAGAAAGGGAGGCGCUUCGCGCCGAGUGGGAGAAUUGGCUAUUAGACGAAAACCGCAGAUGUGAACAAGUUACUACGGCACUACUUGCGCCGUCAAGAGGUGGUGAGAAUGAUGUUAGUGAUGAAGAGGCAGCGCAAAAAGUGCUUAGGAGUGAGAAAAAUAAGCACUGGAAGAGUGAAAAGAAAGACGAUAAAGAGGCGAAGGAGAAGGAGGAAAAUAGACGCCGCAACUUACAGGCGUGGCAUGAUGAAUAUUGUGGUAGUUGUAGGGAUGAUCGCGAGGCCCUGUUUAGGGAGCGCGAGAGGGAGAGUUUGAGUCAGAUGGCUUUUUGAUGAAAGAAUGUCGGCUGGGUGCUUAGCCGGGUGCGUAUCCGAUCCGGGUACCUACAGAUCUCAAACGGCA